CUAUAAUCUUUUGCAAUAUCAACCAAAGCCAAAAAUAUCUACUUUAAACUUCUAAAGUUAGAAAAUAUGGGAUCUAAGAAAACUACUUCCCUUGCUCUUUUUCUCCUUGUGAACCUUCUUUUUUUCACUCUUGUGAGUGCAUGUGGCACUUGCCCGAGUCCUAAACCAAAGCCAAAGCCAAAGCCAAAGCCAACACCAACACCAACGCCAAAGCCAACACCAACGCCAAAGCCAACACCAACACCAACACCAACACCAAAGCCAACCCCGAGCCCUAGCUCGAAAGGAAAGUGCCCUAUAGAUGCACUAAAAUUAGGUGUUUGUGCUAAUGUUCUUGGAAAUUUACUUGGAAUUGUAGUUGGAAAUCCUUCAAAGAAACCUUGUUGCUCUCUCAUUCAAGGACUUGCUGAUCUUGAGGCUGCUGUUUGUCUUUGCACUGCCAUUAAAGCAAAUAUUCUUGGGAUUAACCUUAAUGUCCCUCUUUCUGUGAGCCUUCUUCUUAAUCUUUGUGACAAAAAAGAUCCAUCUGGCUUUCAGUGUCCUAAUUGAACAAAAAACAACAACAAUUACUAAGUACGCUUCAGUACCAAAUAAGUUGGGAUCAACUAUAUAAAUCCUCAUUUUGUCACACUACUACAUAGUUUGAUUUAAGUAUUUUUGAAUUUUAUUUUGUUUUACUUAUUAUCAAUGUCCUAGCUAUGAAUUUCUUCUAUAAGGAUAAAUUCUAUUGUGUGCAGGGUAACUUCGCGUUCCCUUUGUAGCCUGAAAGAAGCUCCUCUUUGUAUUUCCUAAUGUACUUUUUGUACUUCACAAUAUAUAGAAGUCUAUUUUGUGGCAAAUGUUUUUAUUUUUCUUUUCUCCUCAUGUCAAUAAAAAAAAUGUGCAUUGUCAUAUUUA